AUGACGGACGUCAGUCUUAGCUCCCUGUCUGACAUCAAUAGUCGUUCCGCCUGUCCCCGUUGUGAGGGCUUUGGUUUUGCACACGAUUCCGUAGAAAAGCAUGACAAACCACUAAAGACUCGAUGCAAACGUUGCGCGACCUGUAAAGUAUGCGACGGAUCUGGCGUGAUAGUUGGAAAACUUCCAUGCUCACGGUGUAAAGCGCGUGGAUUUGUCCAUUCCAAAAAGGACGGCGCUAGAUCGCAUGGAACACUGGAGAGCUUGCGAUGUAUGGAAUGUCGUGACUGUAAAGAUUGCGAUGGAAUAGGAGUUUUGGACAUCAAGACCCUUCGACAACAGGAAAAAAGGAAAGCGGCGGCCAUGCAAAGAGAAAAGCAGCAGAAACUACAGCAGCAACAACAACUGCACACCCCUCCCAUGUCCCCCUUCCUCCCCCCACCCCCGAUCUUGUGGAAUCCGUUGCUCGGUCCACCACCACCACCACCACCGCCCUAUAUGCUGCCGCACAUGGUCACACCUGGAGCAAUGGUUGGAACAUUCCUCCCUCCACCACUGAUGACCGUACCCGCAAGCAAUGGAUAUCAGCUUCCGAACAUACCACCAUCAGGGACGUCUCAGCCGCCAGAGACAAAAGGGCGGACCCGACCACCUCGAACCCCACCCCGCCUAGACGAAAUGAGGACGCGAACCAAAUGUCCACGAUGUGAUGGUUACGGGUUUCGGCACGAUACCAGUGGGAAGCAUGACAAGAAGAAAGGGGAACGGUGUAAAGGUUGUGGGAAUUGUAAAGCAUGUCAAGGGAGUGGGCAGGUGUCAAAUAAGAAGGCAUGCACAUCCUGUCAAAUGACAGGGUUCACCCAUCCGGCAUCAUCCGAUCGUGAACAUGAUGCCCCUCAACAUCUCCGCUGCUUUUUUUGUAAAGACUGUGUAGUGUGCAAAGGGUUGGGUGUAGCAGAUGCUGCAACGCUGGGUUGGAACUCGAGAUCAAUCCUUCCUUCAUCCAUCAUGCUGUCGACAGUACGAUGCUUAGCCUCGAGAAGGCAUCCCCAAAUCCUGCGUACAUUGCCUAUUCUUGCCCGGCCAGUUCCUGCAGCGAGACCUAGCACUCUCGUCCCCCUUAUUCCCAAGCCUGUUCUGUCUUCAAAUCUCGUCCCUGCACGACAAAUGGCCACUCUCAACCAAGUCAUCAGCGGAAUCCGCAAAGACCGCAAGAAGAAGCCUGCCUCUCCAGCAUUGGAUGGUGCUCCGCAGCGCCGUGGUGUGUGUCUUAAAGUGUUUGCCGUGAAACCAAAGAAACCAAAUUCAGCCCAGCGAAAAGUCUGUCGAGUCCGAUUGACAACAGGAAAGGUUGUUAUUGCAUACAUCCCUGGCGAAGGACACAAUCUGCAGGAGCACUCUGUCGUCUUGGUGCGAGGUGGGCGUGUGUCCGAUUGUCCUGGUGUACGAUACAAGAUUGUUAGAGGUGCGUUGGAUUGCCAAGGGGUGGUGAACAGAACGAAAUCGAGGUCCAAAUACGGAACAAAGAAACCAAAGACUGGUGAUGCAGCAGGAAAGAAAUAG